CAAAUAGACAAAUCAUGCAUUGUUUGAGUAAGAAUUAUGGGAAGAUAUGUCUGGUCUUGGAUUGUGACUUGUGAGGUGUUGAUGUUAGAAGAAGACAGGGUCCACCAUAUACUCGAUCAAUUUCCAAAAGCCCUGAAAUUCAGCAUGUAAUCUAAUCCAAGAAUUUUCUUUAACAAAAAGCAGGCAGUGUUGUUGGUGACUGGAAUAAUCAAUUAAAGAGGCAGCUAGAGCUAGGACAUUACUAUAUAAGCGACCUUGAACUGAGCCUUUAUCUUUGUAAUCGAUUUCUUAGUUGCAAUGGGUUUGCAGUUGACUAGAGUUGGACUUGCAUUAACAUUAACCGUAGCGUUAAUGACAUCCAUGGUUACCUGUUCAGACAAAGACAGAGAGGAAUGUGCAGAGCAGCUAGUGGGGUUGGCUACAUGCCUCCCUUACGUUGGGGCCACUUCCAAAUCUCCAACGCCAGAUUGUUGUAAUGGUCUCAAACAAGUCCUCAGAGACAACAAGAAAUGUUUGUGUGUGAUUAUUAAGGAUAGAAAUGAUCCUGAUUUGGGUCUCAAAAUCAAUGUCACUCUCGCUCUUGGUCUUCCCUCUGUUUGCCAUGCAACAGCCAACGUUUCCCAAUGCCCUGCCCUUCUGCACUUGGCUCCUAAUUCACCAGAUGCUCAAGUUUUCUAUCAGUUCGCUAAAAGCUCUAAUCAGAGUGGCACCAGCCCUGCUCCUAGUCCUAGCGAUGAUGAGAAUCCUGCGAGUGGCACCAGCCAGGGACAAAGUGCUCAAAAGAUGAGCAGUGGAUGUAGCACUAGCAGAAAGGCAUUGUUUGGGCUGCAGAUAGUUUUUCUGGGGCUUUCACUUUCGUAUUUGCGUCACCUACAGUGGUUCAUAUAGCUCUAGCUUCAGACACCACAAAAGGAUUAUCCUGGUGGAAACGUCAAACACCUCCCUCAAUCUUGACUGUUGUAAUAUUGAAAUUUUUGUCUCUGUACAACUGAUACAUGUGAUCUUACAUUAUGGACACUGGUGCUACUGUCAGUUGAAAUUGAUGGGCUUGUUUGUGAUAACUCCUACUUCAGAUGAUAUAAAUUAGUACUAUGCAUUGUCGUUCUUCGUUUCGGAAA